AUGUCACCUGUGUGGCACAGCUCGGCGCAGCAGGACCGGGCGGUGCUGGCGCUGCUGGGCGCCAAGCGAGGCGGCUACUUCAUCGACCUCACCGCCAGCGCUCCCGUCAAGGACUCCAACACCCUCGCGCUCGAGCGCGACUACGGGUGGGGCGGGCUGUGCCUCGAGCCUCGGCCCUACUUCCAGCAGCGGCUCACUUCCACCCGCAGCUGCACGGUGGUUGGUGUCGGCGUGGCGAAAGUCGAAGGCACGGUGCCGCUGACGUUGGAGCGACCGUUCGGGGCUCGCAGCCCCUACAGUGCCCUCGAGAACGCCGUCGUCGCUGGCCGGGAAGGGGAGGUGGCUCGCGUGCUCGAACGUCUCGAGGCGGCGGACUAUGAGCGGGAGAGCACGGUGCGAGCCGUCACGUUUGCGCACCUCUUUCGCGCCUUCGCUGUGCCGCGCCACAUCGAUUACCUCAGCCUCAACGCCGACGGCGCCGAGGACGACCUCAUGGCCACCUUCCCGUUUGAGACGCACACCGUGUCCAUCGUCUCGGUGCAGCGCCCGUCCUCACAGCUGAUGCAGCUCUUCCGUGCACAGCAGUACGUGUACCUGUGCGACUGCGGCCUGGCCGGCAACAUGCUCUUUGUGCACCGCAACGUCUCGGCGAUGGGCGCAAUCAACGGAACCACAGCCAUCGGCCGCGUAUGCCACGAGUGGCGGCGCAACGUCCGUAUAGCCUUCCCGUUGCGACGCCCACACUCCAAGACCCACGAACAUGGAAACCGUUAG